AUGAAGAAUAGUCCGGAAAUAGCCACUGCGUUUAAGAACCCGAAGGUCAAUGAGGUGUUCACGGAAGUGGCUAAGAAGCCAGGUAUAUUCACAAGGAUUCUCUCGAAAAUUCCAGUGCUGAAUACCUUUGCGUCGCGGUUACGAGGGAAACGUGUUCAAUUUACUUCGAGACAAGUCACGAAUGUUGGGCAUCUCGCGGUUACAUCGAGCUCGUCGGGAACUUUCGCGCGUAUGUGGGUAAAAUACGGCGCUGCUUUCCUCUUCGUCGUCGGGAUCGUCUUCUUGGCCACUGUUGUGUAUAAGGGAGUGACCCCUUGAGUGG